CCAACAAAUGUCUCUCGUCGUGACAACACAACCGUCCUCGAAGCGAAUUCCCGAACACAUUCAUCUUCCCUCAAUUUUCUCAAGAAAGCGACGCUCUGUCUUCGGAAAAGGAAGGGACCUUUCUGGAUUUUGCAGACGUUUCCCAACACCUAAAACCAAAAGCAGCCCGCUCGUGGCAUCGACCGAGCUUUUUGUCGCAUCGAAACGAAGAUGGCUUCGAACGUGAGGAGGUUCUUCUGCAUGAACGAUGCUGCCUCCUCCGCUACUGAAUCUCAUCCCAUCACGCUUCUCUCGGGUCCUCCUUCCUGCGGGAAAACUUCUUUGCUGUUCCAGUUCGCUUAUAACUUCGCGCUGCGGAGCGAUUCUGACGAUGUCACUGCUGUUGUCUUCAUAUGCAACCGUCGGAGAUUGGAAGCUAAACCCCCUUAUCUCUCUCAGGGCAUUGAUCCGUCGUCCGGCGUGUUUGGGCGUAUACAAAUGAAAUAUGUCGAGGAUGAUGAAGCGGUUAAGAAGUAUUUUGCGGCCUUUCACCUGCACGAGUCGUUUCCAGCUGCUGUUAUCGUCGAUGAUUUUGGCGAACUGUUCGAUGAGAGAGAAAUAUGCUAAUCCUCGGGGCGAGACCUUGCAAUGGUCCGAACUUUGGCUUUGUGUCACAAUGCUGUAAUGCAUGCUCGCAAGCAAAGCCAUUGCGAGAUUCUGCUGGCUGAUACACAUCAUGGAGACUCCCCUCGGUUGUUAUAUAUCUAUAAGAGAUGGAUUUCAUCCAUUUUCACAGUAAAAGGUGAUGGCUGUGGGUCGUUUCUUCUCAGCAGCAGUAGCAAAACAGGAAAUGGCGACUCCAUUAGAAGAGAAAGUGCAAAGUACUCUAUAGCUCUUCAGUAUUUGUUCCUGGAGGCAAUAGAUGAUGACUCCGAGCAGUGAUAUUUCCUUCAUUGCUCUCAACCAGAUAUCAUUUUGUUGGCUUGUAGCUAUUGAUGAAAGUUAUGAUCAACAUAAAACAUUAGCAGGGUUUUUUCUUAUCUUUGAAGUUAGCGUCUUGAUGUCAUUUUGAAUAUCCCUUUUGGAGAAGUAUAAUACUGGGUUCAUCAAGUGGAGAA